UAACAGCAGAUAAUACUGAUUGCGCACAGGUAUGCAAACAAUAUCCUAAAUGUUUGGACAAGUGUCGCAACUACCGGUCCAAUGGUAUUAGUCUACCCUAUUGUGGUCUGACCACUGUUGAUGGCCGCCAUAAUCAUGAUGCUAAUAGACUAAGCGGUGGUCAUAAAACUGCUGACCGUAUUGUCGAUGGCCAGGAAGCCCUGAACCAUGACUUUCCGUGGAUGGUUAGCAUACAUAUACCGUAUGGUACGCCACCAGUUAAUCCUAACGUUGAACUCAAGGAACGGGAUCUACACUAUUGCGGUGGUGUUAUAAUUAGCCCUAAUUUUAUACUAACUGCUGCUCAUUGUAUUUUCGAAGCAAAAGACUUUCGACUGAUGAUCGGUUCAAAUGGUCUGUGGUUUUCGGCCACCGAUAGCUUGAUAUUCAAGCCCGAGGAGGACAGUCAUAGCAUGAAUCGGACAACAAAACGUUGGAUCAAAAUACAUGAUAACUAUCGGGUGGUCAACAAUACCCAAGUGAAUGAUAUUGCAUUGAUUAAAACGGAUCGGCCGAUGGAGUUUCGGAUAGAAAAUGGCCAAUUCAUGUCCAACAGUGUCUGUUUGCCGGAACAAUCGGACAAACAGCCCGAAGGUUGGGCCCGAAUCAGUGGCUGGGGUUUUACCCGACUAUGGGAUCCAACAUCAAAACCGUUGUGUUUGCAGUCAAUCGAUAGUCUAAUUAUUGAUAACAAUAGAUGCGGACAGUUAUUCCGUCAGACCCGCUAUUAUAGCCCGUUUGGCGAUUAUUAUGUACGCAAUAAUUUUGAUCCAGGGUCACAAUUUUGUACGAUAGCCAGUUUGGCACCGGGAGCGGCCAGCGAGUGGAGCUAUAAGGGUCCGGCACCCGCCGAUUCCGGUUCGCCAUACGUUCAGUAUAGUGACGAUAGGGCAACACUAGUGGGCCUAUUGAGUGGUGGCGAUCACGAGGUACACAAUCCGGCCCUCAAACUAACACAAGUAUCAAAGUUUAGGCAAUGGAUUGAACUAUCGGUAAAACAGUCUAUCAAUGAAAUCAAUUACGAUAAAUGGUUUCCAUAA